GUUGGCGAUGUUCCAUCUCUAGUUCGCUAGUUUAGUCAAAACAUUAAAGUCGCAUUUUUACUUUGUUGAAAAAUGUUGAUUUAAGUACUUAACCAGCAGCAGAGCAUCGUGUUUAGAACGUGAAGAGAGAACUUGGCCUGCAAGAGAUCGAAUUCCCUAGACCAAAAAACCCACUCAACUACCGAAUCCCAGAAGGUAAUCUCCCCCUGUAAAAAAUGGAUCGCAAGGCUGAGCUGGAACGCAAGAAGGCCAAACUGGCCGCCCUGCGCGAAGAGAAGGAUCGCCGGCGGCGUGAAAAGGAGAUUAAGGACAUGGAAGAGGCGGCCGGCCGCAUUGGCGGUGGAGCAGGCAUCGAUAAGGAUCAACGCAAAGAUCUCGACGAAAUGCUGUCAUCGCUGGGCGUGGCACCUGUCUCUGAGGUCCUAUCCUCGCUCUCCUCCGUCAACUCGAUGACCUCAGACAACUCCAACACACAGACCCCCGACGCCAGCCUUCAAGCCACCGUCAAUGGCCAGAGUGGCGGAAAGAAGCAGCCCCUUAACCUGAGCGUCUACAAUGUCCAGGCUACAAACAUUCCACCAAAGGAGACGCUGGUCUACACGAAACAGACCCAAACGACCAGUACUGGCGGCGGAAACGGCGAUGUUCUUUCUUGCCACUCCUCGCCUCUGUCAGGAUAUAUGGAGGACUGGUGGCGUCCACGUAAAGCUCAUGCUACGGAUUAUUAUGAUGAAUACAAUCUUAAUCCGGGUUUAGAGUGGGAGGAUGAAUUCACAGUGCUUGCAUUUGAUGCCCAAGGAGACGACGAAGAGAGCUCGCUGCCGAACCUGGACAAUGGAUUCACCUCUAAGCUGCCACCGGGCUAUCUCACCCACGGCCUGCCCACCGUCAAGGAUGUCGCCCCGGCCAUCACACCUCUCGAAAUCAAGAAGGAGACCGAAGUGAAGAAGGAGGUGAACGAACUGUCCGAGGAGCAGAAGCAAAUGAUCAUCUUGUCGGAGGACUUCCAGCGAUUUGUGGUGCGCGCCGGCCGACUCAUCGAGCGAGCACUCUCCGAGAACGUUGAUAUCUACACAGACUAUAUUGGCGGCGGCGAUAGCGAGGAGGCGAAUGAUGAGCGAUCACAUGCUCGUUUAUCAUUAAACCGUGUCUUUUACGACGAACGCUGGUCGAAGAAUCGCUGCAUCACCAGCAUGGACUGGUCCACCCACUUCCCGGAGCUAGUGGUGGCCUCUUAUCACAACAACGAGGAGAGUCCCAACGAACCGGAUGGGGUGGUAAUGGUGUGGAACACCAAAUUCAAGAAGAGCACACCUGAGGAUGUCUUCCACUGUCAGAGCGCGGUCAUGUCCACCUGCUUUGCAAAGUUUAAUCCCAAUCUGAUCCUCGGCGGAACAUAUUCGGGACAAAUCGUACUGUGGGACAACCGUGUACAGAAGCGCACACCAAUCCAGCGCACUCCACUUAGUGCCGCAGCGCAUACGCAUCCUGUCUACUGCCUCCAAAUGGUGGGCACUCAAAAUGCGCACAACGUCAUUUCCAUAUCGUCGGACGGCAAGCUGUGCUCCUGGUCGCUAGACAUGCUUUCGCAGCCGCAGGACACCCUGGAGUUGCAUCAGCGUCAGUCGAAAGCCAUUGCCAUUACGUCGAUGGCUUUUCCGGCCAACGAGAUCAACAGUCUGGUGAUGGGCAGCGAGGACGGCUAUGUUUACUCCGCCUCGCGCCACGGUCUUCGCACAGGCGUCAACGAGGUGUACGAACGCCAUUUGGGACCUAUCACUGGCAUAUCCACGCACUAUAACCAACUGUCGCCAGACUUUGGUCACCUCUUCCUCACCUCGUCAAUUGACUGGACCAUCAAACUCUGGUCGCUCAAGGACACAAAACCGUUGUACUCCUUCGAAGACAACUCGGACUAUGUAAUGGAUGUGGCCUGGUCUCCAGUGCAUCCGGCACUCUUUGCUGCCGUCGAUGGCAGCGGACGCCUGGAUCUGUGGAACCUUAACCAAGACACAGAGGUGCCGACAGCUUCAGUUGUGGUAGCUGGAGCACCAGCUCUCAAUCGGGUGUCCUGGACGCCAUCUGGGCUGCAUGUUUGCAUUGGUGACGAGGCCGGCAAGCUGUACGUUUAUGAUGUGGCCGAAAAUCUAGCGCAACCGUCACGCGACGAAUGGUCACGAUUCAAUGCCCAUCUUAGCGAAAUAAAGCUGAACCAGAGCGACGAGGUCUAGGACAUAAGUUGUUAACUGGUAGAUGAUGAUAGUUGAUACCAAUUCUGCGAUUCUUAAAAGGUAUCUUAGAUGGAGCGUCCUUAAAUGAAAUUUAAUUUGUAUUUUUGUAUCUUUUGUGAUCCCACUGCUCCUAAGUUGUGUAUAGCCCAGAAAAACUCAAAAACUCAUCCGCAGUUCAAAUGCUCAGAAUUCGCUUGACCAUACUCCAAAAACAUACAUCCUAAAAAAAGAAUUCCCCCCUCAAGAAAUCAAGGGAAACUUCAACAUUCUCUAGGUAACCACAGAAAACUGUAUUAGAAAGUUUAUUCAAUGAAACUGGACAGAAUAUAGAUAUAUGUAUGAAGGAACUAGAUAUUGGUCUCCCAGCAUGUUUAAUUGGUAUAAUUCAUUGUUUUGUUAUAAGAUAUUUCCCAGAUCUCUUUCCACUUUUCAACUGCCAACUAUUUUGGUGGAAUUCAGACAUUUUCUUCUUUUUUGUACCAAUUUUGUAAUCUUCAAAUUCGAUUGGAAAUGGAAAGACUUCUGCGCAAAUGGAACUUUUAUUUUAAUUGCAAUUUAAAUUUAUGCAACUAAAAAAAGAUUGUAGGAUGAUUGGUUUUUAUCGACUGUCCGGGGGCAGGCUGAGAGCAACACAUAAAUAAAUUAAAUGCUAAAUAUUAUAUUAUACAAACACCGUAUUAAGCUUACACCUGAGAUGAGGAAAGACAGUGACAGUGACAGUGACAGAGAAAGUGACAAUGACAGUGACAAAGACAGAGACCGAAAGUAAGUCAGACAGGAAAUUGGGGGCUCAGGUAUGAAGGUAUAAAAACUGAAGAUGAAGCUAAACCCACUCAACUGAAAGAGCCCAAAUGUAAAUGUAUUAGAGCGAAGCCUAUUUAACGAGAUUAAAUAAACAUAAUAUCUAUAUACACAUACAACAGAA